UAUAAUAUUUAGAUACAAACACAAUUCUGUUUCACAAAUGAAAUUAUUUACCAAAAGGAAAGAAAAUAAUCACAAAAAUAAAGCUAUCAAAGAAAUUGAAGAAUCAAAUAUUCAAAAUAUAUAUAAGCAAACAAAAACAAGGAAUCCAUAUUAAUUGAAAGGAAAUUAAGGCAGUAAAAAUAUAAUGAAUACUAAUAGUGAUAUAAUGAAUAAUAAUAAUAUUAAUAAUAAUAAUAAUAAUAAUGAUGAUAUUAAUUAUGAUGAAGAAAACACUAAUAAUCUGUAAUCUACACCAUGGAUACAUUCGGUCAUCAAGUGGAAAGGAGUAAAUGAAGAAUCUGUUUCUACUGUAUGGAGUAGACUACAAUCUACGAGGAAUGAACACCCAGUCUUGGAGGGAAUAACAUCAGUUGUUGGUUGUUCUUUUGUUAUUAAUCUCCUGGACCGAAAUUUGGGUGUAAUGUACCCACCGGUGAAACAUCAGUACUGCAUUUUGUGAUCUCCUUGUAUUGCUUUGCAGAUUCAAAUGAUAUUUUCAACUUUGCAAUGUAUUUCGAUGAUGGUUCUGUUUGUGUUGGUUUAACUCUAACCCACUGCCAGACAACUUCACUGCUGCUCUUGCUGCUGCUGCUGCUGCCGGUCAGAGAAUUUACUCUGGACUAAUGAACAUGGGGCAGAAAGUGUCGGGUGGCCUAAAGACUAUAUCAAGAGAGCCAACAUAUAAAGUUCUGAACAAGGAACAGGCUUAUAAUCCAGAUUUUCAGAAGCCAAGUCGCCUGGACAUGUUGCUGGACAUGCCACCUGUACCGUUUGAAGUUCAAAUUUCUCAUGCUUGGAACGCGGACGAUAGAUCAUUAAACAUAUUCGUUAAGGAUGACGACAAAACUACAUUUCAUAGACAUCCUGUUGCUCAGAGUACAGACUGUAUCCGUGGGAAAGUUGGAUAUUCACGUGGCUUGCACGUCUGGGAAAUUGUUUGGAGUACACAACAGCGGGGAACACAUGCAGUUGUAGGUGUAGCGACACUAGAUGCACCGCUGCACUGUGUGGGAUACCAAUCUUUAGUCGGAAGUAACCAUGAGUCAUGGGGAUGGGACCUAGGACGCAACAAACUUUAUCAUGAUGUAAAGAAUAACCCUGGAGUGUCUUACCCUAAAUUGCCAAACUCCGAGGAAAAUUUCUAUGUACCGGACAAUUUUCUUGUUGUUUUAGACAUGGAUGAAGGUACAUUAAGCUUUGUUGUGGAUGGACAGUACCUAGGGGUGGCAUUCCGUGGCUUAAAAGGAAAGAAACUUUUUCCAAUUGUUAGUGCUGUAUGGGGACAUUGUGAAAUAACUAUACGCUACAUUGGAGGACUGGAUCCUGAGCCUUUACCUCUUAUGGAUAUCUGUCGACGGGUUAUUCGUCAACAACUCAACAAGAACAGACUGCAUGAAAUCCACAAGCUUCCACUUCCUCGAUCAUUGAAAAGUUAUCUACUUUAUCAGUCCUAGCUGAUUAUGGCUGGAAUACGGCUCUCACAGACGAUGUCAGCGACGACGACAGCGUGGCGUUAUCGGCGUCCUCCUUCUCCUCCUUGGAACUUAUCUCAUGUUCAUAUGUACAGCAUCAAAGUCUGGCUUUAAGCAUAUAGCCUAAAAUUAUCGCUCAACCUUGACAUCGGAAUCCAAUAAAAAAAUAAAUAAACCAAAAAAAACAAACAAACAAACAAACAAAAAAACUAUACAGCAUCUAUGUCCCAUUGAAGAAAAAGUCAGACAAAAACAAAAUGUUACCUUUUGUACCGAAAAUGCUUUUGGUAGCUUGGAUAUGUCUGGAGAGGUGCCAGAGAUUCAGUCCUCCUAGAACUUGGCUGGUUGUCUUCUUUUUUUUUUUAAUUCUAAUUUUUUUUUUCGAUUUUUAUUUAAGGGUUAUUUGAUAAGAGCAGUCUAUUUUGAUAAGAGGAAACAGAUGAAAAAACAAAAAAGAUUCCUAUCUCUUGGGGAUGAUCUGGGAAUCGGUCCAGUGUUGUUUUGGAAUGACAAAAUU